UCUCUCUCUCUCUCUCUUCUUUCUUUUUCUCACUGUUUGAAUCUGAUUUUCGAUUUUCUCUCAGUAUAAAUUGUUCCUUCCAAUCCCGAAUCGAAUUCCAAUUUUUCUCACUUGGAUUUCCUCUCACUUAAAAGCUGCUUUCAGCUUCAAGCUGAAGCUUUCCGGCCGCUGAUUCGUGCUCUGGCGUCGUCUCGGCUCCGGAUUCAGCUCCGCUAUGGCGAAGCGUGCGUACAAGCUGCAGGAGUUUGUGGCGCAUUCGGACAAUAUUAACUGUCUAAAUAUUGGGAAAAAGGCCUGCCGACUUUACGUCACAGGCGGUGAUGAUCACAAAGUCAAUUUAUGGACAAUUGGCAAGCCUACUGCGUUAAUGAGUCUCACUGGUCAUACAAGUCCAGUUGAAUCUGUAGCUUUUAAUUCGGCUGAAGUUUUGGUGCUUGCUGGAGCUUCUACUGGCGCUACAAAAAUAUGGGAUCUGGAGGAAGCAAAGAUGGUUCGCACACUUACUGGGCACAGGUCCAGCGUUUCUGCAGUUGAAUUUCAUCCAUUUGGUGAGUUUUUUGCUUCUGGCUCCAUGGACACUAAUCUCAAGAUCUGGGACAUUAGAAAGAAGGGAUGCAUCCACACAUACAAAGGUCAUACUCAAGGCAUUAGUACUAUUAGAUUCACUCCUGACGGUCGAUGGGUUGUUUCUGGUGGGUUUGACAAUGUUGUAAAGGUGUGGGAUCUAACUGCCGGGAAGCUCUUGCAUGAUUUUAAAUUCCAUGAAGGACAUAUUCGGUCAAUAGAUUUUCAUCCCCUUGAGUUUCUCUUGGCCACAGGCUCAGCAGACAGAACUGUGAAAUUUUGGGAUUUGGAAACUUUUGAACUGAUUGGAUCUACCAGGCCCGAGCCUACAGGAGUACGCUCAAUUACUUUCCACCCUGAUGGGAGGACAAUAUUUUCUGGAUCGGACGACAGUUUGAAGGUGUAUUCAUGGGAGCCUGUAAUAUCUCAUGAUUCUGUUGAUAUGGGAUGGUCAAGACUUGCUGACUUGUGCAUUCAUGAUGGAAAGCUAUUGGGAUGCUCUUACUAUCGAAAUUCUAUUGGAGUCUGGGUUGCAGACGUUUCGCUUAUUAAGCCAUAUGGAGCUGGUUCAACACCUGAGAAAAAUGACUGUUUCGAUGAGAAAUCUCAUGUAAAGUUGCAAGGAAUUAUGGAGAAGGUAGAGACUGGUAUUAGUGGUCCGGGGUUGCGCUGUAUGUCUCCUGAUUAUGACUCAAAGGAAGUAAAGAACAUAUAUGUUGAUUCUGCAGGUGGAAAGCCAAUUACCUCACAGAGAAUUAAUUCUUCAAAAGUCUUACCUCCAUUGGAUUUAAAGGAAACCAGUGCUAAGAAGCAGAUUCCUGCAGCAGGGUUGAUCCCAAAGUCUAAUGAAAAGACGGUCAAUAAAUCCCUGGUUAUGCCUAACGUCGUGCCCCGAAUCAGUCCCAAUGUAAAAGACUCGGCUAACUCUGGAAUAGAAUCUGUUGCAUUUUCCAAAACUAGGCGUGGUAUGUUGCUCAGACCAGCUCAUGUGCGAAGCCCAUCAAAUAGCAAAGUUGACAUGGAGAAACUGCCAUUGGCCGUUGAGUCCCUAAAUUUUAGCAGUAGGACGAUUAACUUAGAUGAUGCAGGAGGUCUCAGUUCCCAAAUCAAAUCUGUAUCAAAAGAUAGUGAUAGUGAGUCCUGUAAGGACAAGCAUUCUGCAAUCAAGAGUGUGGAAGAGAAAUUUGAAGCAGUUUCAUCACUGAAGAGGCCCUCUGAUAAGGAAACCAGAAAUGGAUCCCUCAAUAACAGCAAGGAAAGCCCUGUUAAAGUUGUCAAUGGAGUUGCUGUUGUAUCAGGAAGGACUCGCACCCUGGUUGAGAGAUUUGAAAGGAGGGAGAGAUUUAGUAGUGAUGACGAUCAAGCAACUGGCAUAAUUGGCCCAGUGAUACCUGAAUGUCAAGCGACCAGUGUAUCUUGUACUGUGAUACCUGAUGAUCACGCAAGUAGUAUAUCUAGUCCUGUGAUGCCUGAAGAUCAAGCAACUAGCAUAUGCAGUCCAGUGAUACAUGAAAUGGACAAAACAUUCACCGUGCAGCGAGAAGAACCUCAUAUUUCUGGGAGGGACAUGUCAUCUGCAAACAACGAUCCUACUGAAGAUCUGAUGCAAACUCAUGAUGCAUUCCUAAGUACCCUUCGAUCCCGCCUGACAAAAUUGCAGGUGGUGAGGCAUUUUUGGGAACGAAAUGAUAUUAAAGGUGCCAUCAGUGCCAUCAGAAAACUGCCAGAUCACGCGGUACAAGCAGACGUUAUUAGUGUUCUCCUGGAGAAAAUGGAUAUACUGACAUUAGAUCUCUUUUCGUGUUUGCUGCCUGUGCUACUGGGCUUACUUGAUAGCAAAAUUGAGAGGCAUGCAAAUGUGUCAUUGGAGAUGCUGUUGAAGCUAGUAGCAGUCUUUGGCCCAGUGAUACGAUCUACCAUUUCAGCACCUCCAGCGGUCGGGGUCAAUUUAGUGGCAGAGCAAAGGCUGGAAUGCUGCAAACAAUGUUUUAUACACCUGCAAAAGAUUCAGAAAAUUCUCCCCGUCUUUGUAAGGAAGGGGGGUGUGCUGGCAAGAUGUGCUAGAGAACUGAAUCUAAUUCUUCAAGAGUCGUGACAGAUACCGUCGGUCAAUCUUUCCGAAGUGCAAAGAGGUCUCUUUGCUGAUAUAACGUGUAACAGAAUUGCAUACAACACAUCCAUGCUGAGUCACAGUUCCUAUCAGAAUAUCUGUCUCAAUGCUCUACCUCCUCUAGUUCAUCUUCGGUAUCAUUCAAUAUGGUAGACUGGAGCUCAGGAAUUUUGUCAGACAACGAGUAAAACAAUAUUAGUCUUGCCUGAGGAGCUUGAAGACAGAAGUAGUCAUCCCUUCCUACAAUCAUCUUUGGCAUUGCUUAAUAUUGUAGAGCCCAAGAAUUUUGUCACCUGAGGCGCUUCCAAGACAGGAGAAGCAAUCCCUGCAGUAUUUGCCGUCCGGCGGUUGCGUAAAUUCUCCUGGUUUUGAUAAUUUUAAUCACUUAAUGUUGGAGCUAGCAUUCUCAUAUAUGUAUGUGCAUUGCAAUGUAGAUAUAAAUAUAAAAACACAUUCCUUUCAAGCUUGGCGAUUUCCUAUUGGCAUUUAGCGAACUGCAUUGGCUAGUAAUAUCCAGGCUCUUAUACAGAUUGGAUUUAAUGUCUUUUACACAAUUGAAUAGAACUUUUACUCAAUGACAAUAUACUGUGGUCAAAGUGGUCACGGUGUACUUUCUGCUGUUUUCUAAGAAAGUACGUGAAAUGAAGUUGGAAUAUUGAAUACAU